AUGACCAGUCAUGAUAUAUCGAAACAAAAGAUAUGCGAUCAAUGCGGCAAAACGUUCCGUUGCAAUACCAGUAUGCGUAAACAUGUCGAGGCCGAGCAUUCGGAAAUCAAGCCAGAACCCCAACAGUGUACCAUCUGUAAUACAUGGUAUCGAAAUUUAUCCGGUUUGAGAACGCAUCAGAAAUUCAUGCACGAACAUGUGGGUGGAGAGAAUCGUUGUCACAUUUGCAAUAAAGUUUCGUCGAAUUAUCGAGCCUUGCGCCGGCACAUCUAUUUAAAUCAUGAAUGUGAAAGGAAAUACAAGUGUCAUAUGUGUGAGAAGGCCUUCAAACGGGAACAAGAUUUGAGAGAACACAUAUCGGUACAUACCGGCGAAGCUUUAUACACCUGUCCAAAUUGUCCGAUGACAUUCUCCUCCAGUGCCAAUAUGUACAAACAUCGCCAGCGUCUGCACAAGGCAGAAUAUGCCGCCCACAAGCAACAGCCAUUGGCGGUUAAUAUUAUAAAGCAAGCUAAAUCUAUGCCCAAUACUAUACGCACCAAACGGCGUAUGCCGCCAACCACAACAACAACAGUGCCAUCAUCAGAAAUUCAAAAUUCCAAUAAUACAGACAUGAGGACAGAUUCUGUUAAUGCGGCGGCAACUACUGCUUCUGCUGUAUCAGCGGCAGCAUCACCAAUUGUUGUACCACCACCACCACCUACAUCACUCAAUUCUGCGGCGGCUUUUGUUAACAAUCAUCUAAUAACUCCACAUUUUUUGGUGGGAACACAUUUUCCCACAAAAAUGUCGGAAUAA